AUGUCGACUAUGCGGAUAUUAUCUGAUAAUUUUAUACAAUCAUUUGUUCGAUGUCUACAAUGGAGACAUUAUUUGUUACUUAAAUCUAUUGCAUUUUUAAUAAUAUUCAUUUCAUUUAUAAUUAUAACACGAAAUCCUUCACGAUCAUUCCUUUCAUCUAAAAAAGAUCAUGUAUCGUUAUCUCCAUUACUUUUACAAAAUCUAAUUAUUAAAAAAUUAAAUAUAACUGAACCAACAUUAGUAAUACCACCGGUACCAACACAAUCAAAUUAUCUUGAUCCAUUUGUAUAUUCUCGAAUUCAAUUUACACAUAAUGAUGAACAACGAACUGAAACAAGUCGAAAAUGGUGUCAAGCUCAAAGUAAAGCUAUUCGUCCACAAGAUCUUGAACCAUUCAAAUGUGCAAAUAUAAAAGAUUUCGAAAAUAGUGAUCAUGUCUUUUGUUUAGAUCCAUUUAUACGUAAUUCUUGUUUAGUUAUGUCUAUUGGAAUGGGUAAUAAUCGACUUGAUGAUGUCUUUAAUAGUCAAUUAUAUGAAUGGGGUGGUUGUCGAUUACUUACAUUUGAUCCUUAUCAUCAACCUAUUCAAACAAAUACAUCAGAUAUAAUGAUAACUUUAAAACCUAAUUGGAUAUUUUAUCGAUUAGGUUUAACAGCAUCAGCUGCUAUUGAUGAUAAUUCAAAUUUAAUGACAAUACGAAAAUUAGCAGAUUAUGUACAUCUUGAUUCACUUUCGCCACGUAUUGAUAUACUUAAAAUUGAUAUAGAUAAUGCAAAUGAAUGGAGUUUAUUAGAUGAUAGCGAUUUUUUUCUUUACAUAUGUCGACAUGUUAAACAAUUAAUAAUAAAAACAAAACCAAUAUAUUCAAAACGAUUUCAACAUUAUCGUAUAUUUACACUUAAAUUAAAUAAAUGUUUUUCAUUAUUACGUCGUCGUUCUCGUCUUUAUCUACUUGGACGACAUAAUCAAUUUGAAAGUGAAUGGUCAUUAACAACAUUUUCAAUAAAUCUUGGUUUAUUUUGUGAUGAAAUUGAUAUGUCGAUGUAUCUGCUUGUUUAUGGUCAUUUAUAUCUUGUUAAUACAAAACUUUAA